GUACGAUACAUGCUGUAGGGUGGAUUUUAGCAGUGCCUGGUAUUUAUCCAAAUGUGCACAAGACGCCAGACUGUUGCUGAGUAGGCUACAGUUUCGCGUUUAUAGGACAGCUGUGCACUAGGCAACCACUGACUUCUCUGGUUUGUGAUCGCGGUUUCUUCAGCAAAAAUCGGAUUGUUUGGAAAACAUGAAGAUGUCUCCUCCAGACAGAAGGAACUAUAUGCUGGAUCUGGGGCUGGAGGUCGGCAUUAGAGUGCUUCUUUUCGGAGUUUUUGUGUUUACUGAGUUUCUGGAGCCCUUUGAGAGAGUGAUUCAACCUGAGGAAUUAUGGCUCUACAAGAACCCCCUGGUGGAAUCUGACCACAUCCCAAAAAGAGUCAUGUUUGCAAUUUCAUUUCUCACCCCACUGGCUGUAAUAUUUGUGGUGAAAAUUAUACAGAGGACAGACAAAACAGAAAUUAAAGAAGCUUGUUUAGCUGUAUCUCUUGCAUUAGCUUUGAAUGGUGUCUUCACAAAUACCAUCAAGUUGAUAGUUGGAAGGCCAAGGCCAGACUACUUCCAUCGCUGUUUCCCUGACGGUCAAAUGAAUGCAAAGAUGAUGUGCACUGGAGAGCCAGACCUGGUGUCUGAAGGACGCAAGAGUUUUCCCAGCAGCCAUUCCUCUUUUGCUUUCUCUGGCCUGGGUUUUACCUCUUUCUACUUAGCGGGAAAGCUACAGUGCUUUACAGAUGCUGGACGUGGCCGCAGUUGGCGUCUCUGUGCCAUAGUCCUACCUCUCUACAGUGCCAUGAUGAUUGCCUUGUCCCGUACCUGCGACUACAAGCAUCACUGGCAAGAUGCUUUUGUUGGUGGCGUGAUCGGCCUUCUGUUUGCCUACAUCUGUUAUCGCCAGCACUACCCACCAUUCCUUCACAUAGACUGCCACCUACCAUAUGCCACUCUGGGUGCAUCAGCUGCGCACAACAUGCCAACAUCUCAGGAUCAACCUCAGCUCACUGACAAUACUACCAUCCUGCCCCUGGAGAGUAUGAACAAAGGACCAGUAUGACUAGUAGAGACAUCCAGAGCUUUACCCCCUUCCAAGUGGUGUUAAACACACUUGACUCACACUUUAAAGCAACACUAUGUAGUUUUUUUUACCUUUAAAUAAUGUCUCUAAAAUUAUUUCAGUGAUAGAACAACUUUUAACUGGACAAAUUGUACUGUUGCUGCAACCUGAGCAGCCUCCUAGCUGCUACAAGCACACUCUGAAAGUGGCGGUGGAGGGUAGGAAACACAGCCCCGCCCCUCCCCCUGCCUGCAGAAUAGUGUCUGAUACCAGGCACUGUUGCGCUUUUCAACCACAUGGGGGAGCUGUAAGUCAUUUUUACAUGGAAACUACAUAGUGUUGCUUUAACAUUCCAAUGGAUUGGUUCAUGCCAUUAUGAUUACUUUUUCAACCUUCCAACCCUUGAUCAACCCAGUUUAUUAGGCACUGAGAUAUACUGCUAGUUCCAGAUUAAUAAUAAUAAUAAUAAUAUGUUUAACAAUGUUUAACAAUAUAAACAAGUUGUAAUUUAGGAAAGUAUGUAUCCUUUAUAUCGUUGUCUUUUGAUUCAGUGUCAAGCGUGCAUUCAAAAGAUGGCAUUUUACAGACACAGCAAAAUUACACUACACUUACAAAACAUGCUGGGAUGGUAUCCUUUAAAAAGGAUCAAAUAUGUACAUCUCGGUACAGAUAUGCAUACUUUUGAUAACAGUAUGUACUUUUGAGGUACUAAUAUGCAGUCUUUAGCAACACAUAUGUACUUUGUGAAAGGGUACUACUCAGUGACAGCUUUUGAAAGUGUACUUUCAAAAUAAAACUAAAAUAACAGCCUCAGGCAAAGCUAAAAUCUAAAGGAAAAAAAUGAGAAAAAGGUUUAUUGAGGAUUUCUGGUUCCCAGAAUGCUUUGCAUGAGGCUGUUUUUUAUAGUUUUAUUCUGUAAUGAUAAAGACUUGUUAAUGUUUAAUGUUAAUUUAUCUUUGAACAAACUGUUGCCAGUAAAUAACAAUGCCGUCAUCCUUGUCAGUUUGCACACACAUUCUAGCCUGGGUUUCCCCAUGCUGCCUUGCGCGCAAAUUUAUUCACGCUGCAAGUCUAGCAUGGAAACUAUGGCCCUUUUUUGCCCCUGAAAUAGGGAACCAAUCACAGAAUGGGGAGGAGGCUGCAAGACGAUGACGACGUCUAUGCGACACACCGAAGCAUUUUGUUAUUUUUUUUAUAAUACGGCAACAGAUGCGAAGUUACUUUUCAAUGCAGCCUUAGACAGUGUUCUAAGUAGUUUUGAACGCAAGUUUAUUAAAAAAAGAGAAACUUUUGGGGUUAAACAAUUUCAUAUCCAAGAAGGAUGUUUGUGUAUGGUAAGACAUGAUAACCACAGAGUUUUAUAGGACCAACCUGCUAGGCAUCGUCAUCGACGAAGUACAAUUAACUUAUACAUGGUAAGUGGUAUUUAUUAAUAUCAUAUUGUCAUUAUGCCUGUACUGUGGUUGUCAUAGUGCCACAAAAAUGUGUUGCUUUUCAAAACAAUAUACAGCUACCGGUUUAAGUUGCAUAGCUUUUAGCUGCACUCGUACAAAAUAAAAGUCAUUUACUUUUAAAUUGAUGUCACUCUACAUACGUCAUCUGGUAUAAUUGAAAUGAUUGGCUAUGAGCUACGUACAGAUGCUUUUGAUAGACAUUCGUAGUGCCCAAUAAACGCCUCUGGGCAUUCGUAAACCACGCCUCAAAUACGAGAAAAUGAGCAUAUGGUUUCCAGACCAUGUGUCAUUCUCUAUGACACUGGUCUGGUGUUAGCUAGGCUAGAAACGUUCUGUGACACAAAAGGUUCUUAAAAAAAAGUUUUUUUCUUAUAGUGUAAACCCACAUAGCAAUUUUCUUCAGGCCCACACAGACAGUUUUUUUCUCGGCCUACAAAGAACGACGGCCCUACAGUGGUCCAGAUCUGGAUUACAGACAAGGGCCACACAUGGGCCACAACUGGCACAGGUCUCAACCGGUUAAUAGCCCACACAGACCGGGGCCAAAAAAGGUUCUUACAUCUGUACCAGUUCUCAGCAAUAGAUAAACCAUAUCAAAACCAGCAUUUAAAGGGGCAGUGAAUCAAAAAAUUUAUUUGAACUUGAUAUUCUGUAAUAUAAGAGGUCAUCAUACUUAAAUGAACAUACUGCAAGCUUGAGAACUGAAAACAUCCUAUUUACUAAAAUAUAACAGUUUUUGGCACCAAACCAUUAAAACUAGGGCCGGGCCGAUCCACUUUUUCUAUUACUGAUACGAUUUCGAUACCUGUAUUCUGAGUAUCGACCGAUCCCGAUCCAAUACUAGUAUUUUUCUUGAUCCAUUUAGAAUUGUGUGUGUAUAAACACAUAAAUAUAUAUAUAUAUAUGCACACAUACACACAAAACAUGUUGCACAAAAUCAGGAGAAUAUCAUGUCAAGUGAUUUUUUUUUAAUGAGAUAUAAGUUAAAAGAAUGUAAGUGUUCUUAAAUAUUUAUUAAUUGUUUUUGAGUGGACAUACGACUGAGCAAAUAAAUUGUUCAAGUACAUUUUUACUUAAUUGCGCAAACUGUCACAACAUGAAAGACUUUUUAAUCAGAUGUUUAAAAUACGGCUUUUGUGUGUGUCUGUGUGUGUGCGUGCGUGCGUGUGUGUGACAUAUUUAAUUCACGCUACUCCAGUGUAUUAACUCGGCGAACACCAAACCAUUCAGUUUUUGUGACCUUAAAUAUCUUCAUAUAUGCAUUUGUUUUUCGCAUAAGGCUGUUGAAUAUAUUAGGAAGAUUUUGAAUAUAGUGUAUAAUACCAUUUAUGGUGCUUUUAUAAUAGUUUUACUUUUCUGUAGCAUGAAAGUAACAACCACAAGUAAUGCACAGUAUCGGAUUUGGAUCGGCCCCAUUUUUCCAAUACCCGAUCCAGCAAAAAAGGUCCGGAUUGACCCAAUAUCCCAUCCAAUGUAUUGGAUCGGCCCACCCCUAAUUAAAACAGUCGAUUCAGGAAUGUGCUGAAAUAUGACAUCAGAUUAAAGCA